AUGCGUGUGAGGAGGGGGUGUGGACACCGCGGACACAGCCCGGUCCCCCGCAGGUCACCGGCAGGGGCAGGGAAACCAGGCUGGCGGGGAUCAGAAAGGUUUUCUAUGCAAAGUCUGCGGCCACCUUGGUGGGCCCCAGUGCAAUGGGCGGCGUUUAGCACCUUGUCCCGUGGGGGCCACCUGGAGGGCGGGACGCAGCCAAUCACCCGCUCCAUUCUACCGCCUCUGGGUGGUAUCUGUGAGUCCCCGAGAGGUCACAAACUCUGGCCACCCCCAGAGAGCCUCAGCCACGGAGCCCCCGCGCUGGGGAACCCCACAGAAUGGGGACAGGGACCCCUCGGCUUAGCGCACCCCACCUGGCCAGCUCUGGGUGUGAAACCCACCAUGGGCUGCAGGCCUGUGGGCUCCCCUCCCCCUUGCUUACAGCUCUCCAGGACCCCCCUCAGCUGCCAACCCAGGAAGCUCCCCGGGGCUUGGGAGGAGCACCAGAAGGACCUGGUGGGGAGACGAGAGGGUGCUGGCGCCUCCUCAGGUCAGUGUCAGCCGCCCCCGCGGGCACCCAGGGCCCAGGGCAGAGCGACCUGCCGGGACCACCGCGUCUCAGGCUCCCACCCAGGUCUCUCUGGAGCCACCUUCAUCCGUCGCACCAGACAGAUCCGGGUCCUGGAGGGAGUCCAGGGGGAGGCCCUCGCAGAGCUCUCAGGAGGCUGUCCUAUGUCUCUCAGCCUCAGUUUCCCUUGUGGGCACCGAGGGUUUCUGGGACCCUGCCUCCACCAGGAAGCCUCCCUGGAUUGCCAAGCCCUGCUUCUGCGCCGUCCAGCACAGGUGGAGACCCCCACGAAUGCUGGGGGCGGGGGCUCUCCGGAACGUGUGCGUGGCUGUGCCCACGGCUGGAUGUGGUUCGACACCCCUUUGAGACCUGCAGCCAUUGUCUCACCCCAUAAGGCGGUUCCUCCUUUUCCAAGUCACGUCUCACCGCAGCCUUGAUCUUUUGGGCUCAAGUGAUCCUCCCACCUCGGCCUCCCAAGUAGCUGGGACCACAGGCAUGCACCACCACACCCGGCUGAUUUUUUCUAUUUUUCAUAGAAAAGGGGUCUCGCCAUGUUACCCAGGCGGGUCUCAAACUCCUGAGCUCAGACGAUCGUCUCGCCUCAGCCACCCAAAGUGCUAGGAUUCUAGGCGUGAGCCACCGUGACCAGCCUCAGCUGUGUGUUUCUUUCUCAUGAGUGCAGUGAGGGCCAGGCGUGGUGGCUCACACCUGAAAUCCCAGCACUCCAGGGGGCCGAGGCAGGUGGAUCACUUGAGGUCAGGAGUUCAAGACCAGCUUAGCCAACGUGGUGAAACCCUGUCUCUAAUAAAAUACAAAAAUUAGCCGGGUGUGGUGUUGGGUGCCUGUAGUCCCAGCUACCUGGGAGGCUGAGGCAGGAGAAUCGCUUGAACCUGGGAGGCAGAGGUUGGUGAGCUGAGAUCACGCCACUGCACUCCAGCCUUGGUGACAGAGCAAGACUCCGGCAAAAAAGAAAGAAAGAAAGAAAAGAAAAGAAGAAAGAGAAAGAAAGAAAGAAGAAAGAAAGAAAGAAAGAAAGAAAGAAAGAAAGGAGAGAGAAGAGAGAGAGAAGAGAGAGAGAAGAAAGAAAGAAGAAAAAGAAAGAAAGAAAAGAAAGAAAGAAAGAAGAAAGAAAGAAAGAAAAGAAAGAAAGAAGAAAGAAAGAAAGAAAGAAAGAAAAGAAAGAAAGAAAAAAAAAAAAACAAGUGCAGUGAGACGUCUUGGCCUUCGGAGUGUUUCACUUCUGCCCCUGACAUCUGUUAAGCACAAUGGAGGCAAACAGGCACCUCCACCUCCCAAGGGACACAGACGUUGCUCGGACGCCCAGGGUGUCUUCCCUGCGGGAAACCUGCAGGGCUGCUACCGCCUCAUUCCGGAGCUGUGGCCUCGGGUGUGACUGGCGCUCCGGGGAGCAGGCUCUGUGCUGCUCGAAGGGUACCCCACUCCCAGUCACCAGCUUGAGAGGAUUCCCACAUGGCCGGGGACGGCCCCGGGGCCUUGGGAGCGUCUCUGGACACCCGUGGUGUGGGCCGGGGAGCUGGGAGCUCAUCUGAACACACCAGCACUCACGAAUCCACGCUGCUGGCAGACGCCUGGGUUUCUCCACUGUGGGGCCACAUUACAUGAAGUCGCUGUGGACAUUCUCGUUCAGAUCCCAGGACUCUUGGUGGCGGGGUAAGUGCACAGGAGUGGGACGGCCGGGGCCCAGGGUGGACAGAAGGUUGGCUCAAGCAGAAACCGUGGUUUCCAAGGUGACUGUCGCCCUGGACACCCGUGGCAGGGACAGAGGGGCCAUGUGGCUGUUGCAGGGACUCCUCGGGGUGCUCAGGGCCCUGGGACCCCUUCCCAGGUGCAGCAGGGGGUGGGCGUAGGUGUGGAGGGGAAGAGGGGCAGGUCUCUACACUCCUCCUCCAAGGACACAGAGCCCCAGGGGUCAGCCACUCCCAAGCUCCUUGAGCGACCUGGGGCUCAGGGGUGGGUGGCCCUUGUCAGCACCUGGCCAGGAACCUCCACCCCAGGCGGCCUUGGGCCUGAGCCUUCCCAAUCCCUCCCCCAACUCCCCACUCAAUCUGGAACUUGCACCCAGGGACCAACGUCCACUUGACCCCGCUACCCCCUACCUCCACCCUGGCCCAAGACCCCUCUCCAGCCAGAGGCGG